AUGCUGGCAAUAGUUGCGAGUGGUGUGGCUUUGCUGGUGUCGAUCGCGAUUUGGUGGACGGUAGCCAACUUUGGCAGUGCGCUACGGUACGCCGGCAAACUUGGUGGACCCGUGGCGUACCCGUUGGUAGGCAAUGGGCUACUGUUUAUCAACAAAACUCCUGCCGAGUUCCUUCAACUGCUUGGACGGCUGAUCGCACAGUACGGCAAAUGUUUGCGUGUAUGGCUCGGUACACAGCUGAUCGUGCUCGUAACCGAUCCCAAGGACAUUGAGGUCCUCCUGAGCAGUCCCAAGUACAUCGAUAAAUCCAGCGAGUAUGAAUUUAUCCGCCCAUGGCUAGGCGAAGGAUUGUUGGUAAGCCGCGGCCGAAAGUGGCAAACGCGGCGAAAGAUCAUCACCCCUACGUUUCACUUUAAAAUUCUGGAACAGUUUGUCGAAAUAUUUGAUCAGCAGGGCCACACAUUCGUCGAUAUACUGCGACUGUUUGCCAAAUCGGGUGAAACGUUCGAUGUGUUCCCGCUGGUAACACUGUGCGCUCUGGAUGUAAUAUGUGAAUCGGCAAUGGGAACCAAAGUGAAUGCACAAAUCAACUCCGAGUCGCAGUACGUGAAGGCGGUUAAAGAGAUUACCAACCUUAUACAGCUCCGCAUCUACGACUUUGUAAUAAGGUACGAGUUCUUCUUCCGUCUUUCUGCCAACCGGCGAAGGCAACGAAAAGCACUGGCCAUCCUUCACGGGUACACCGAUAGCGUGAUACGAGCAAGACGUCAGGAACUGAACGAAACGCUAGCCACCAACAAGACAGGCGAUCACGCAAACGGUGUGCACGAUGAGGAUUCGAUAGGGUUAAAGAAGCGUAUGGCAUUUUUGGACAUGUUGCUACAAGCGACGAUCGAUGGACGUCCGCUGACCGAUCUUGAGAUACGCGAGGAAGUGGACACGUUCAUGUUCGAAGGACACGAUACGACGACAUCCGCAAUCAGCUUUUUGUUGCUUAGUUUGGCAAAAAAUUCCGACGUACAGCAGAAAGCGUUCAACGAGGUACGGAACGUGGUGGGAGACGAUCGCAAGCAACCCGUUACGAUGACGAUGCUGAACGAUAUGCACUAUCUGGAUUUGGUGAUCAAGGAAACGCUUCGGCUGUACCCUUCGGUACCGAUGUUUGGAAGGAAAAUGAUGCAGAACACCGAAAUCAAUGGUAAAAUAUUCCCAGCAGGCAGCAAUGUGAUAAUGUUUCCCUUCUUCCUUGGCCGUGAUGCCGAUUACUUCCCGAACCCGGAAAAGUUUGAUCCGGAGCGGUUCAACGUGGAAACGUCGGCCGAAAAGACAAACCCCUAUCAGUAUGUACCGUUCAGUGCUGGGCCACGAAACUGCAUCGGACAGAAGUUUGCAGUGGCGGAAUUGAAGAGCCUGGUGAGCAAAGUGUUGCGAAACUUUGAGAUACUACCAGCGGAAGAACCAUUUGAGGAGACGUUUAUUGCGGAGCUUAUCUUGCCCUCAAGUGUAAUGUGUAUGCUCGUGGAUCUGCGAAUCUGAAUCAUUAUUCGGUGCAAUCGUUGUUGUGUAUUUGCAGAAUUUCUGCGGAUCAUCGGUGUACUGCUGAAGCAGUAUGGUGACUGUUUUCGCGUUUGGCUCGGUACCCAGUUGGCGAUCGUAGUGCUCGAUCCAAAGGAUAUCGAGGUGUUGUUGAGCAGUCCCAAGUUUAUCGACAAAUCCACUGAGUACGACUUCAUCCGGCCAUGGCUGGGAGAGGGAUUGCUUACAAGUCGUGGACGUAAAUGGCACACGCACCGAAAGGUGAUCACUCCAACGUUUCACUUCAAGAUUUUGGAACAGUUUGUGGAGAUAUUCGAUCAUCAGAGUACAAUCUUCAUCAAGAUGCUGCAACCAUUUGCCGAAUCGGGAAAGUCUUUCGACAUUUUCCCACAGGUGACACUGUGCGCGUUGGAUGUAAUUUGUGAGUCAGCCAUGGGAACGAAAGUGAACGCACAGCUCAAUUCCACGUCAGACUAUGUGCUAGCAGUGAAAGAGAUCACAAAUCUCAUACAGCUGAGAUUUUACGACUUUCUGAUACGGUACGAUUUUUUCUUCCGCCUGUCCGCAAACAGUCGCAAGCAAAAGAAGGUGCUAAAGGUUCUGCACAGCUACACGGACAGUGUGAUCAAAGGACGGCGUCAGCAGCUUGAAGCGAACGCAUCCAACGGCGCAAUGGAAGACACAAGCGAUCAUGAUCUUGGCAUCAAGAAGCGUAUGGCUUUUCUCGACAUGUUGCUUCAAUCGACGGUCGAUGGACGUCCUCUGACGGAUCUCGAAAUACGCGAGGAAGUGGAUACGUUCAUGUUCGAGGGACACGAUACGACGACAUCCGCCAUCAGCUUUCUGUUGCUUAGUUUGGCGAAAAAUCCCGACGUACAGCAGAAAGUGUUUGAGGAGGUACGGAACGUGGUGGGAGACGAUCGUACGCGUCCCGUUACGAUGGCAAUGCUGAAUGACAUGAGCUAUCUGGAUUUGGUGAUCAAGGAAACGCUUCGUUUGUAUCCUUCGGUACCAAUGAUUGGAAGGAAAAUGCUACAAACAACCGAAAUCAACGGUAAGAUCCUACCAGCCGGAGCAAACUUGAUUAUUAUGCCGUUCUUCCUUGGACGUGACGCGCGCUACUUCCCCGAUCCGGAACGAUUCGAUCCGGAGCGAUUUAAUGUGGAACGGUCAGCGGAAAAGGCUAACCCCUACCAGUACAUCCCGUUCAGUGCUGGGCCACGGAACUGCAUCGGGCAGAAGUUUGCAGUGGCGGAAUUGAAGAGCCUGGUGAGCAAAGUGCUGCGUCAUUACGAAAUUCUACCGUCGACCGAAAAGCAGGACGAAUCGUUCAUUGCGGAACUAAUAUUACGGCCGGAGCAUGGUGUGUUCGUUUGCCUGAAGCCAAGAGAUUAUUAAGACUGGCAGGAUGGUGAUAGAGGUGGUG